UUUCAGCGUGCCUCUGAUGAUGAGAGCAAAAACAGACGAAGAAGCUCUUCGUCUGACAGGGACGAAAAGAAGUCACAGUCAAGAUCGCGCUCUAGAUCUCGUUCUCCUCAAGAACGUUAUGGAAGGGGUCGUAGGUCCAGGGAGCGAGAACGAGAUCGAGACCGCUAUGACGAGCGGGAUCGUUAUGAGCGGCGCUCCAGCAGAGAGAGGGAUUGGGAACACAGGAGGAGGGGAAGGUCAGCCUCCCCAGCUAAAAAUGAUAGACCUCCCACUGAGGAGCCUCCAGUGAAGAAAAGGAAAGAAGCGCUGGACCCCAUCCUGACCCGCACCGGUGGGGCCUACAUCCCACCGGCCAAACUGCGAAUGAUGCAGGAGUGGUCAUCAGAUAAGAACAGUUUGGAGUAUCAGAGGAUGAGCUGGGAAGCCCUCAAGAAGUCCAUCAAUGGUCUGAUCAACAAAGUAAACGUUUCCAACAUUGCCAACAUUAUUCAAGAGCUACUGCAGGAGAAUAUUGUGAGGGGCAGAGGUCUUCUGGCCAGGUCUACACUUCAGGCCCAGGCCGCCUCUCCCAUCUUCACCCAUGUGUACGCUGCUGUGGUGGCUAUCAUCAACUCCAAGUUUCCUCAGAUCGGAGAACUUAUUCUCAAGAGACUUAUCCUCAAUUUCCGGAAAGGUUACAGGAGGAAUGAUAAACAACAAUGUCUCACUGCAUCCAAGUUCGUGGCUCAUCUCAUCAACCAGAAUGUGGUAUGACCUUCUGCUCAUGAGGUCCUGUGUCUAGAGAUGUUAACCCUGCUGUUGGAAAGACCCACCGAUGACAGUGUUGAAGUGGCCAUCAGCUUUCUGAAAGAGUGUGGUCUCAAACUGACAGAGGUCUCACCCCGAGGCAUUAAUGCUAUCUUUGAACGUCUGAGGAACAUCUUGCAUGAAUCAGAGAUAGAUAAGCGUGUACAGUACAUGAUUGAGGUGAUGUUUGCCAUCAGGAAGGAUGGGUUUAAGGACCACCCCAUUAUCCUAGAUGGGCUUGACCUAGUGGAGGAAGAGGACCAGUUCACACACAUGCUUCCUCUGGAGGACGAUUACAACAUAGAGGACAUCUUAAAUGUCUUCAAGCUGGAUCCCAACUUCCUGGAGAACGAGGAGAAGUACAAAGCAAUUAAACGGGAAAUUCUUGAUGAAGGAAGCAGUGAUUCUGGCGAUGAUGCUGAUGGCAGUGGAGAUGAUGAAGAUGCUGAUGACGACGAAGAUGAAAACGAGGCAGCUGGAGAAGAACAAGAGAAAGUCACCAUAUUCGACCAGACAGAGGUGAACUUGGUUGCGUUCCGUCGAACGAUUUACCUCGCCAUCCAGUCAAGCUUGGACUUCGAAGAAUGCGCCCACAAGUUGAUAAAAAUGGAUUUCCCCGAGAGCCAGACGAAAGAGCUGUGCAACAUGAUCCUGGACUGUUGUGCCCAGCAAAGAACAUACGAGAAGUUCUUUGGUCUCCUAGCUGGGGUGAGCACAUCUUUCACUUUUUGA